UUCAAUAAAGCGCUCCCUGUUAGGCAUCCAGAGUUUAUACACAACAUUGGAAUGCACAUCGCACACAUUCAGUGACAACAUUUGACAUCAGCCGCUGCUCAUGUUAACAUUUUACGUCAACUACAGUUGCGUUGUUGCCGCUCAGUGAGUCUGCGGGAGAUAGGGGUCGUCUCCGGGGCAGGGCGCUCAGUGAGUCUGCGGGAGAUAGGGGUCGUCUCCGGGGCAGGGCGUCACUGGCUGAGACUUGCAGAUCUUCAACAGAACGUGAAGUUAUCUAGAAAGUUGCUCAAUUUACUACUAUCUAAUUAUUGAACAUGGGGAAGCUGGUUGUCAUAUCACUUUUUGUUGCUGCUUUAUCAGCAUUUGUUGGAGAGAGAGUUAUUAACUUAAGGAGAAGGACUCUUGCUUCCAGAAAGCUUGUCCAAACUCACCUCCCAAACUGCCAUCCAAUCAAAAGCCUUGGUGCGUACAGUACACAUAUGUACAGGACAUUGGGAACUUUAACAGUGCUGGCAUGGAUAUAAAAGAGUACGGAUCAGAGGACCUCACAAUACUUCCCAAUGGACUUGCUAUUAUUAGCACUGGCUUGAAGGAUCCAGUAUUGCCAUCCUAUUCAGAUGCCCCUGGAAAGAUGUACACCCUUGAUAUGAGUGAAGAUUCUAGGAUGAAACCAGUGGAGCUCCGCAUGGGGAGAGGCUUUGACCUGGAAUCCUUCAAUCCUCAUGGGAUCAGUGUAUACACAGAUGAGACGGAUAAUUCAGUAUACCUGUUUGUGGUCAAUCACCCUCAACAAAAAACCCAAGUGGAGAUCUUUCUUUUUGUUGAGGAGGACCACUCCCUUGUCUAUGUGAAAACCAUAAAGCAUGAAUUCCUUCACAGUGUGAAUGACAUUGUGGCUGUGGGAGUGGAGAGCUUCUAUGCCACCAACGAUCACUAUUUCGGUGGAGGUACUCUGAAUACCCUGGAGAUACUUCUGGCUCAGCCCUGGUCUAACGUUGUGUAUUACAGCCCUGAAGAGGUCAAAGUAGUGGCUGAGGGAUUCUACAUGGCCAAUGGCAUCAACAUCUCACCUGACAAAAGGCACAUAUAUGUGGCAGACUUAUUUGACCACAACAUACAUGUUUUGGAGCGACUGGAAAGCAAUGGUUUGGCCCCAGUGAAGCAGGUCGUGGAAGUGGGCUCUCUUGUUGACAACAUUUAUGUUGACCCUGAGACUGGCGACUUGUGGAUAGGUUGUCACCCUAAUGGCUGGAAACUAUUUCAAAAUGAUCCUGAGGAUCUACCUGGAUCUGAGGUGAUUCAGAUUAAAGACAUCCACUCUGAGAAGCCAGUGGUGACCCAGGUGUAUGCUGAUGACGGCAGUGUGCUCAUAGGAUCCUCUGUAGCAGCUCCCUACGGAGGAAAGCUUCUCAUUGGAACAAUCUACCAGAAAGCCUUGGUCUGUGAUCUAGCCAAGGUAGACCAGUAGCCAAUGCUCUAUGUAGAAAACAGCCAUCUGACGUGGGUUGUGGUCGGAAGAGUGCAAGUGUGCAACGUACUGAACAUUGCAGAUAGAAA